AGGAUUGAGAAUAGUCUCGCGUUGGCUCGACUCGAGGUUGAUCGUUUCGUUGCGUUCGACCUGAUAAACAAGUUGAAACGUCAAAAAGUUUACGUAGUUGUAACAGAGACCGGCGUUUAAUCGUCCAUUUGUGACAGAAACAGUAAAUAAUAACAAAUGCAGUGUAUUUAACGUUUAUUUAAGUUGUACGCUUAGUUUUUGGUUACGUGCGUAAGCUGACUAGUUUUUUUAAAAGAUCGUGUCUUCAAUUUUGUGGAAAGCAGCGACUUGAGUGCAUGCGAGAUAGAUCCUGUUGCACCUUUAUUAACGGUGCUGAAUCAAGAUGUGCCCGCGCACGAAAAAUCGAUGCUGGUCAUUAAAAAUACUAACCACGUAAAAUUCUAAGCUUCCACCAUUAAGUUGUCAUUAAUAACGUCAUAGAAAUACAUUUGUUGAUAGAAUUGUAUUAAUAAAAAGAUACAACAUGAAUUUUAAUAUCAUAUCGCUUCUGUUGACAUGGAAUUUCAUACUGAUUUCGGCUAAAAUUGAUUCCACUGAAGAAGAAGAUACUGCUAGAGCGAGAAUGUUAAGAAACAGAGAGAAUAAUCGAAAUCGCACUACAUUCAAUGGCACACUGACAGAUCUUCCUGAGCGAAGGUACUUGAGGCAUAGGAACAGUUCUAAGUAUCGUGGAGACAGGCAUAGAACUUGGGAGUACGAAGCGAGGCGAGACAGAAGAAAGCUAUCAGCUAGCCAUUCUGAUGAGAAUUAUAGUGGCCCUAAUCCGACAAUAGAUCCAUUUGGUCCAAAAAGAGAGGAUAAGUCACGAAAAAAUGAACGCCACAGGAAUAGAAGCAAUGCGGAGAAUAUCCCAAACCGAAGACCUGUAAAUCAAAGCAAGCCACAAGAAAGGCCAUCUCACUCUUUACCAGUGAAGGAGAAUACGACAAGGUCUAGAUUAAGAGUUAUGAACAAAUGGCAGGGUGGUGGUUAUAUACCUUAUUCUCAGCCACGCGAGAGAAAGCCAAACAUUAUCCUUAUCUUGACUGACGAUCAAGAUGUGGAGCUGGGGAGCUUAAAUUUUAUGCCAAGAACAAUGAAGGCGAUAAGGAGUGCUGGUGCAGAAUUUCGACAUGCUUAUACCACGACACCUAUGUGCUGUCCAUCCAGGAGUUCUCUACUCACAGGAGUAUAUGUCCACAACCAUAAUGUGUACACAAAUAAUGACAAUUGUUCUUCGCCGCAGUGGCAAGCCACACAUGAGACAAACACCUUUGCCACAUACCUGUCCAAUGCUGGAUAUCGCACUGGUUACUUCGGAAAAUACCUGAACAAGUACAACGGAUCAUAUAUCCCGCCGGGCUGGCGCGAGUGGGGCGGCCUCAUCAUGAACUCCAAGUACUACAAUUACAGUGUCAAUAUGAAUGGGAAAAGGAUCAAACACGGCGAUGAUUAUCACAGGGAUUACUAUCCAGAUCUGAUAGCGAAUGAUUCAAUAGCUUUUCUGCGCGCGUCCAAGAGGCGGUUCACUCGUAAACCGGUGCUGCUCGUCAUGUCGUUCCCAGCACCGCACGGUCCCGAAGAUUCCGCACCGCAAUUUUCACAUCUAUUUUUCAAUGUUACCACCCAUCACACUCCCACGUAUGACAUGGCUCCAAACCCUGACAAGCAGUGGAUCCUGCGCGUGACGGAGAAGAUGAAGCCAAUACAUCGACAAUUCACGGACUUGCUUAUGACUAAGCGUUUGCAAACACUACAAAGUGUUGAUAUGGCCGUAGAAAGAGUAUAUCAAGAGCUAAAAGCGCUUGGCGAGUUGGAUAAUACGUACUUGGUUUACACAUCGGACCAUGGGUACCACCUCGGGCAGUUUGGCUUGGUGAAAGGGAAAAGUUUCCCAUUUGAAUUUGAUAUCCGUGUACCGUUUCUAGUACGUGGACCAGGUGUGGAGCCCGGUACUGUUGUGGACGAUAUUGUUUUAAACAUCGACCUGGCGCCAACAUUUUUGGAUAUGGGCGGCGUUGAUCCACCUCCUCAUAUGGAUGGAAGAUCACUACUACCGUUGCUCCAGCCGCGGCGCAGAAGGCAAGCGACCGCACACUGGCCUGACACGUUCCUUGUUGAGAGCUCUGGUCGCCGAGAAAUACACAUGACGGAUGGUUUCCGCGGUCAGAAGUACAGUAGAGAGAUGAAUGAGAGGACCACCGCGGUACCGCACGACUCGUCCUCCGAGAGCAAUGAUUUUGAUGACGAUAUUGAUGAUGAUGAUUUCCUGGAAUUAGAUGAUGAAGACGAUGAAGAGGAAAGCUUUGAAUCCGAUAGUGAAUCAAAGAAGUCUUCCGAACCUCUACUGAACAACGAGAGCCAUAAUCCACUCUUGGAAGCGAGUCUCGAAAAAGCUCUGGAUCUAGCUGAAAGCAGCACAAAUAACCAACCAAAUUACUUAAAGUUUUUUGAUGAAGAAGGCGAGACAAGUCUAUUAGACGGCAAAGCAGCACGUAUAGCGGCUGAAUGCUCGAAAGCGGAACUUCGCGCUCCGUGUUCGUCUAGAAGAAAAUGGAAGUGCGUGCUGGUGAAUGGAAGAUGGCGACGGCAUAAAUGCAAAUAUGAGGGUGAAAUUAGUACACCUGCACCUAAAAUGAGUACUAAGAAAUGCGCAUGUUUUACGCCUAGCGGACUUGUUUAUACUAGAUUAGAAACAGAUGGAACCAUAGCACGCCGACCUGUAGAUCCGAAUAAUAAAGAAAAUAGCACACGUACUCGUAGAUCUAUUGACAAUGACGUAUUUGAACCAAAUACAGUGGAAGGUAUCCUUAAAGAAAAUCCAAGCAUAGGGCAUUUGAGUUUUAGAAACGAGCCCUUAGAUGAAAUAGAAGGUAGAGAUAUAAACGAAAAAGUAGACAAACUUAUAAAGGAAACGGAAGCGUUUCUUGAAGCUUAUGAACGUACCAAAGAUAAUAUAGAUCAUAAGAGAACUAAACGGAGAGCUCAAAAUUUUAAUCAUAAUAAACACAAACAUAGAAAUGACGCUAUUAUUAACGACAACGAAUCAUCGUUAGAAUGUAAAAUAGAAAAAGAUGGCACAGUUAAUUGUUCACAAGUUAUAUAUAACGAUUUAAAAGCUUGGAUGACGAAUAGAUUAAGCUUAGAAGACCAAAUACGACAAUUACGUACAAAAUUAGAAGACUUGAAGGAAAUAAAGAGGCAUUUAAAGACUGCGAAGCCUGUUGUUGAAUCACAGACGCAGCACCCUACUAUAGUUAAUUUGCAUAAUACAAACAUAACACAUGAACACAACAGUUCAAAAGAACAUAUCAGAAAAGGUCGAUUGCACAGAAUAAGAACGAAACACAGAAAUAUCACAGCAUAUGAUAAAAAAUUUCGGCAGUCAAAUGAAUAUGUUAUUCCGACUAUGAAUACAAAUACCAAAGAUGACAUUUUCAAUACACAAUUAAAAAAUGAUACGACAAUUUUAAUCACAACUAUUCAUCCGGAAGAUACAACGGCGAAUCUGUUAAAUGUACACACAGAAUCACUAAGUCCCCAAACCACCACAGUUACUAUAAAUAAUAAUUACAGCCAACAAUUGGAUAACGAUAAAGCUACAAUUCAAAAUAAUGUAUUAACGACAGGUGAUUUGUUUACUACAGAAUAUGAUGUCUCUAUUAAUAAUAAGCACAUGCCAGACGAGAGCUCGACACAUCGAAUAGAUUUAUCACAGAAUGCUCAAUAUUAUAGCUCUGAAAUUGACAAAAUAUUAGCUACUGAAAAAAUAUCAACUACAGUCAAAGAAAUUGAUACUACUACAUCGUCGACCACACCAGCAACAGUUCAAACAACUCCAACAAUAGAAAACACUACAAACUUAGGACCAGCAAGACUUGACGCUUCUGAGUACGAACAGAAAAAUCCCAAUAGAGGCAUGUCUAGAUUAAAAGGGCUUCUAGACAAAGGUGGUGAUAGUUUUCAAAGACGCUUACAUCCAUUAUACAUUGAAAACGAAGAUAAACAUGUCUGCUACUGCGAGGAAAAUCGGAAAACCAGAGGACCAAGCCACGACUACUGGGAAGCGGCGCAAAAGGCGAGAGAAUUACGCAGGAAACUAAAAGCUCAGAAACUAAGGAAAAAGAUAAGAAAAGCAAAAAAGAAGGCAAAAUUAGAAAAGCUAUGUGAAUCGGAACGUAUGAAUUGUUUCCGUCACGACAAUGAACAUUGGCGCACGGCGCCUCUGUGGACCGCUGGACCGUUUUGCUUCUGUAUGAGCGCCUCUAACAACACAUACAACUGUGUAAGGACCAUUAACGCUACACAUAACCUGCUCUACUGUGAAUUUGUUACUGGCCUCAUUACAUACUACAAUUUGAGAAUAGAUCCGUUCGAAACCCAGAACAGGGUAAAAUAUCUAACCGCAGCCGAAAAAGAAUAUUUCCACAAUCAGUUACAACAAUUACUCAGUUGCCGCGGGCCGUCAUGUCGGCGGUACUCGCAUUCGAAUCAUCACGGACCCAGCGAAGAGAGCUAUAUUAGAAGAUUCGAUGACGAACAAAUUUAUAGAGGCGAACCUAUUGGUUACGAAAGGGCCUGGCGAUGGAACAGUUACAGUCGCCGUUACGCGAGAGCAAGGGAACUCCAUCGUCGCCGCCACAUGAUGCCGUUCUAGUCUAUUUUAUUUAUGUAUUUUGGAAAAAAAAAAUCUAAUUUAUGUAUCUGUCUGCUUAUUACCAGACAUAUUUAAAGAGUUGAAAGUAUUUCAGAGGUUGGAAAAUUGACAGUACAGUCAAGGUACUCAAGGAAAAGAUUGUUUGUGAUUUAAGUACUAUGUAUUGUAACAGAAUUAAGUAGUUAUUGUAAGAUAAUUUUAAAAUAUGCAUCGAAAUGUAGGGCUUCCCAUAAUUUCAUCUUUGCUAAGUGUAGAAUCGCACUGUUAGUGUGAUAAAAAUAUGCUUUAGAUACUAUAUAAUUUCUUCUGUGCCUACGUAUAGGUAAAUGCCCCUCUCUCUACAAUUUAUAGAUCCGGAAAAGUAUACCUAUUUAGUUCUAAAAUUUUAAGCAAGCACUACCAUCAAUUAACCUAGUCAGCAUCUAGAUAAAGUUUAACUAACUAAAAUGGCACUCGAUAUGAUGUAUCUAAAAUUAACGCCUCACGAUUUAAAACAACUUAAAAGCGACAUUAUCUUACUCAGUAUAAAAAAAAUCUAAAAUUUACAUAUUUCAAUAUGUUAUUAAAAAUAUAGAAAACAAAAAAAAAAAAAGUGUAAAAAUGUGCUUUACAAUUUUACUUUUACGAAAUGAUAAUGUGUAAUAUUAUACAAUUAAAUAUAGCUACUCACUCUGUGAGGCGUUAUUUUUUAGGGCUGUCUGGCGCUUUGAACAGACAUCUAUUGAUAUUGUUAAUCAAAGUAUACAUAUACAUUGUCGUAACAAAAUUUUAUCGGCAAAAUCCUUUCAAAACAUUAAUUUAUGAAAUUAAAAGAAAAAUUUAAUCAAUUUUUGGCUGUGUUAUAUUAUAAGUUAUUGGCAUAUAAAAUCGAUCGUAAAUAAAUAUCCAAAAAUCAUAGUUAAAGCAAUACGGGCAAUAAAUAUUCGACUCAUUAUUAGAUAGUUUUGUUGACAAAAUUAAUAUCAAUUAGUGCGUGGAAAAUUUUAGAACUGGUAAUUACGUAUGCUCUUCUGGACAAAUUAAGCUUUUCUAAUAGAAAUCUGUUGAUUUAUAUCUAUCUACAUAAAUCACUGCCAGAAUAUCGUAUUUUAACUACAUAUAUAGGUAUAUUAUUAUCUAUACAUAUACGUGGUUUAAUGGAAAAGAUAUACUAAGCCGAAACCCAGUGUGAGUAAUUAUGUAAACAAAGUUGAAAUAUGAAAAUAAUUUGAAAUACUCGGACCUAUAAUAUUAAAUAGGUCACGUUACUGCACAGGCUUCUCGUAAUAGCGUUGUCUAGUGUCCAACUAGCAGAGAUUCUACUGUGGAUGACACUUAUUUGUAAUAAGUACAUACAUAACGAUAAAACCAAUCCAAACCAAAAAACAUGCCUAUUUACUUAAGAAUGUUUGUAUCAUGUGGGGAUUAAAUCUGCGAUGGACCUCGCAGAAUCCCCCAAAGAUAAAGUAGUAAAGGAAAAUCAAAUCUCUAAGCCUAAAAAAAGUUUACAGAUACUGUUACUGACUCUCGGCUUUGUAUAUGUAGCCUCGUUGUUUUAUAAAAUUUACUACAGUCUUUUGUAGUGACUUUUUUUUUUAUUUUAUAUACACGAUUUCUAUUUUGUUCUUACAAUUUUGUAUAGCAUAUUUUUGUAUUUAUCACACAAAGGUCUAAGAUUUUACGAUUUUCAUACAGAAUGGUAAUAAAUAAUUUAACUAUUUAGUUUUUAUGUUUGAUAUUUAUUUUAUAUAUACAUACUUAUCCAAAAUUUUAAUAAGUAUGAAUAAUUGUUUUUCAAUAAUUUCCUCUUUAUGUCAAACUGAAUUUACAUUACGAAUUUUAUGAUAUGAAUUUCAUAUAUCAAUGUUCAAAAGUUUCACGGGAGAACUUUUUUUUUUACAACACAGGGGGCAAACGAAAAUUACUUUAAUUUUUUUAAUUAAUGCGUACAAUAGUCUAAUAAUAAUAAUUUACAAAACUACAACAUGAGCAUGCUUCGCAAGACUUUUAUAAAAUAAGUAAUACUAUUAAUUUCAUAGUGUAAAAGUGAUAUGAAAAUAGUAUGAAGAAAAUUUUGAUGCUAGAAAUUUUAAGGACUAUGGUAUUAUAUAGAGUUAUUACUUGAUACUAGUUUUAUACAUUCUUGGCAGUUGAAAUCAGUUUCGUAAUAUAAAUUUGGUCCAAACCUUAAAAUAAUUUUAAAUAAAAGGGUCGUUUCUAUUUAUGUUUCAUUGUGAAUACCUAAAUAUGUAUGAAACAAUAUCUAGCUUUAAUUGAAUAUUCUAAAUAUUAUUGUUUGUAAAAAAAUUUAAACGUACGCAACCUUAGGUUAUAUGCCGUAUCUAUCGGAAUUUCGAUUAGGGAGAUAUUGAAUGUAAGGGGUGUAUCCUGGCCAGAUGCAGGCAUUAUAUUGAUUUAUUUAAUAGUAUUUUACAUGUGAAAAGAUACAACAAUUAUAAUUAGAAAUCAGAAUGGAGAUCAGACUAUGUGCAAACUUGUAGAAUUUAACAAAAUGUUUUAUGGCAAUCAUAGCGAAUAGUGAUGCCAGUAAUUAAAAUUUUAGAAUAUAUGGUUGUGUAAUAAAUGUCUUUAUUCUCAAUUUAACAAUUACGCAUCUGUUUUCUUCUGUGUUUAUUUCCUUUCAUCAAAACUGUAAAAUGGUUAAUGGCAACUUAAAAAACCCGAGCCAAAAGAAAAACAGAAUGCCAUGAUAAAAUUGUAUAAUUUAAUUAUGAAUUAUCUUCAAAGUAGGACUUGAAGAUAGUACCCAGGCUUAACUCACUCCCUCAAUUUUGGAGCCAAUAUAUCAAUAGUAAAUCUCCGGACGACAGCUACCGAAUUAAUGAUUGCCAUUAUAAUAUUAUUAUAUGCCCCAGUAGGUAAUUUAUAUAUGCGAUUUGUCUAAAGUUUGCGUAACUAGUGGAAUUGAUUACUCUUCACUCUAUAGUACUAUUUUACUAAUACAUAUAAUAAAUUUAAUAAUAAAAAAGGGGUCUUAAUAAGAGCAAUAAAUGUCAAUAAUUUUUAGAAUUUUUCUGUCUGUCUGUAUUUAUUCGGCAUCACGCAAAAAAUACAGCACGAAUUUAAAAUCUGGUGUGUUUCAUCUUGUUACACUAUUAGGAAGCGAUCUAUUUCAAUGACUUUCCUACUUCUGAAAUCCACGUGUACGAAGUAGUGGACAAAAAACUGGUAACUGACAAAAUACAAAUAAUGCAAUGCCCCGAGUGCAAAGCUUUAUUUUCUUUUUACGUGAUAAGAGCACCUGAUUGGUAUUAACGUAUGAUUCGAUACUUGUUUCAUGUAGUAUUUGUUAUGAUAGUAUCAUAUUUUUUUUUAUUAUAUGUAUAAAAUUAUGUGCAUGUAUUUCUGGCCAGACUAUGAGUAAAUCAGCAUGUUUGUCUGUAGCUUACUAUUUAUCUUGUAGAGGUUAUAAAGUGAUAUUAAAUUGUUGCCAUUGUGAUGAUUACUGUGUACUGGUUGUAAUAAUAAAAUUAUUCAAGAGCUA